AUGGAGGAACGAAUUGACGCCUGUAGCAAAGGGCUUGAAGCAUUCAAACGGAAACACAUUGCUGCGAUAUUUUUCCUCAACAUUGGACGAAACAAAUUCUUGCAACGUAUUACAUUCAAAAGACAGAGGAUUUCAAGUCCUUCCUAUUCUCCUUUUUUUUUAAAAUUCUUCCUACUGUAUUCUCACCUAUAUCGACUCUAG